AUCUUUGAGAUAAGCAAUGAUGCGAAGAUGAAGAGAACGAUGCGGAGACCGUUGCCUUCAGGACGCAUCAGUGUUCCACAUGCUGGUGCGUGGGCUGUGAUUGCUGGUGCUUCUGGUGCUUGUUUGUUAGCUACCAAGGUUGUUGCAGACUAAUAUGGUGGCUGCUGGACUUGGGGCUGCUAAUCUUGUUCUUUACGCGUUUGUUUACACUCCGUUGAAGCAGCUUCACCCUGUUAAUACUUGGGUGGGUGCUGUUGUUGGUGCCAUUCCACCUUUACUUGGGUGGGCUGCAGCUUCUGGUCAGAUCUCUUUAAAUUCGAUGAUUCUUCCAGCUGCUCUUUACUUCUGGCAGAUUCCUCAUCUUAUGGCUCUUGCACACCUCUGCCACAGUGAUUAUGCAUCUGGAGGUUACAAGAUGCUGUCGCUCUUUGAUCCAACAGGGAAAAGAACAGCAGCAGUGGCUCUUAGGAACUGCUUUUACAUGGUCCCUCUCGGUUUCAUUGCCUAUGACUGGGGCUUGACAUCGAGCUGGUUCUGCAUAGAAUCAACACUUCUUACAAUGGCAAUUGCUGCGACAGCGUUUUCAUUCUACCGACACGGUACCAUGGAAAAAGCGAGGAAGAUGUUCCACGCCAGUCUUCUCUUCCUUCCAGUGUUCAUGUCUGGUCUGCUUAUACACCGUGUCUAUGAUGAUAACCAGCAACCAGUCCUAGAAGUAGCCGGUUUAUCAAACUCUGCAUCAAGUGAAGUAAUACAAACUCAAAGGAGAAAGAAACGUGCUGCUCAGGCUCCAGUGGCUUAUGCUUCUGCCGCACCGUUUCCUUUCCUCCCAGCUCCUUCCUUCUAUUCUCCAUAAAAAGCAAAGCUUUUGAAGAGUAAUACACAUUUUUUUUUUCAACGACAGUUAUAGAAUUAUUCUGAUACUGUUUUGAGUAUAAUCUUUGGGUAAUAAGGAAGUGAAGAACGCAUACUACCAGUUUUAUGUAUUUUUUGGAUCCACAAUAUAUAUUUUAUUUUGUUUGAAGUU